AUGGCCCGCAUUUGCUUAUCACUAAUUGUAUUUCUCCUCCCCGUUCUUCCAAGUGUAGCCAUAGAAAAUGGGUCAGCAGAUCAAGUGGUACAAAGUCAAAUAACGUCGCGAGAGGAAGAAGCAAACGCACCAGAUCUGACUGCGGUCAAAACAGGACCAACAGCUUUAGAUGAAGCAAAAGCACCAGGUGCUCGUGAGGAAGGAGCAUCAGAUAAGAAAGGAGCAAGAGCAUCAGAGGAAGAGCUAAAAGCUCCACUAUCGAAAAUAGAUGUACCAGGUAUAAAGUGGACAGAAACAAAAGUACCAGCAGAAAAGACAGGAACGUUGGCAGAAAAGGCGAGUGCACCAGAUGCGGGACCAAAAGAAUCAGCUGAAGGCGAGGAUGACGGAGAAGAAUAUGACAUGUCAAGUGAUGGUGAUGAAGAGGAUGAAGAAGAAACAGAUAGGGACGACGAUGGAGGUUUUAGUACAAGCUGGUCACUGACAAAAAGUAUUCAAGCCGCAUUGGAGCGCAAGCUUGAGCAUAGAGCGGUAUUGAGCGAUGAAGUCCCGUACAUGUUAAUGGCCUCAAAACUCAUCAACAAUGGUUAUAGAGACGGAAAUUACCAUUUUUGGACAGAAUCACCAACGAAACGCGGUGAAAUCACGGUACACAUUAUGGCAUGCUUCGCACCAGCAGGGACAUCAGCAGAGCUCUUUGCUUCGUUGUGCGUAGGAUGCCUAGACGAGAACAUCUACAAUAUACAAUCUGCAUAUUGGCAGCUGAGUAUGGGAUGCUAUCAAGUUGAAGAAAAAGGCACGCUAGGUUGUUCGUUUGGAAAGUACAAAGGACCAGAUCUGGUUGACUAUGAAAUAAUCAAAAAGAUCAAUAUCACGCAACCAAUUCAACCUAAAUCAAAAGAAUAA